CCAAGACAAAUUUAAGUGGCUCCAAUCCCAUUUCCUUUGCCUUGUCCAAGGGCGAGAGAGGGGCCUCAUCGGAUCUGCUGUCCCUGAUGCAGACUUGGCUCUAAGGACUCCCCUGCCCCCACUGGGAUCCGUGUCCUGCUUCAACUUCUCUGGUGGGAACAUGAGUCCGUGUGCUCCUGCUAAAACAAUCGCCCCUGUCUGCCUCUGAGCCAGCUGGACCAGGGCUUGCACCCAGUAGAGUUAUUUUCCAAAGAAACUGUUUGCAUCUGUUUUAAGCUUGUGUCCUUGGGAACCUCCAAGUCUCCAGAGCAAAUGCCUUUUGUUAAGGUGUCAGGGGGUACCUGACUCCAAGCCAGAGAGGAAGAAGGAAAACCACUGCCCAGGAGAGGUGGGCAAGCGUGGGGGAGGCAGGAGCUCCAAGCAGAUGGCUUCUCCUGCAGCCGGGGUGCCUCUCGCUCCUUCUCAGAAUGGGCUGCCUGGGGAGGAAACCCUGCCUUUCUUCCUCAUUUUUGUGCCCAUAUAUCUACGUGGGGCUUUGUUGCAAGAAACCGCACCUGAGAGGCAAAGAAAACCAUUCCUUGAGAGGCUCUGUAGACUAGAAGCACAGUUUUGGAGGUUCCAAGAGGCAACCCUAAAGCACCUGCAGGGCAUCGCCAGCAACUACAACCUGUCCUUCGUCAUGGAGGCCUGGUUCUGGAGCCUGGCCCACGAGAGCCAGGCCGUGGCCCUGGCACUCAGCCAGCUGCAGGCCACCAUGCAGGGCGACCUGGGCCACCUCAAGACCUGGGUGUGGAAGACUCAGUGCAGAGGCCAGAAGGUGGACAACAGGCUGCUGGCCUUGGGCGCCGCCCUGAGCGAGAGGAGCACCCAGGAGAGGAAGGGGCAGGAGGAGCAGAGGAACGCCCUCUCUGGCUGGCCCUGGACGUGCGGGCCGCACGGCAUGCUGGCUCGCCUGAUGCCCCUCGUCCAGAGCCAGGGUGCCGGGCUGGCAGCUUUCAAGGGGCUGCUGCAAGUGGCCAGCCCUGCCACCGCCGCCCUGCGCGUGACCCCGGCCCCACCUAGACCAUCGAGCCUAAGCUCCCCACAGCUGCAGGCAGGCAGGCAGGCAGGCACCCAGAGCUCCACGCUGCUAGAUGUCCCCCAGGGGUACAGUCAUCUCCAGUUGAGGACCACUGCCAAAGAUUAUGACAAGAGCCCCCAGGUGAAGAGAGGAGUGAGCCGCUGCCCCUUGCGGUGUGGGCUGACUCUCCCCCCUCUGUUUCUAGUUUGCAACGUGGGCCCUGCACUCACCUUUCCGAACGCGUCCACUGUGAAUGUGAUCUUCUCACCCGGCUUCUUCACUGGCUUACGGGCCCUGUCUGUCUGCAGCUGGGUCCGCACAGCCUUGGGCCACCUGGGCACCCUCCUCUCGUACACCAGCAAAGAAAAUGACAAGCUGGUUCUGCAUGGCCGAGACUCCCUGCCCCCCGGCUCCACCCACUCUGUGAUUGGAGACCCAGCCUUCAGGGAGCUGCCCCUCCAGCCACUGCCAGACGGCUGUUGGCACCAUGUGUGUGUCAUCUGGACGUCCAUUCUGGGCCUGGGCAGGUACUGGCUCCACAUGAGCCGAAGGCUAGUGGCCACUGGCUCCCGCUUUGGGGAAGGCUAUGAGAUUCCUCCAGGGGGCUCCCUCAUGCUAGGCCAGGAGCAUGACAGCAUUGGGGGCGGGUUUGAUGGCCCUGAGGCAUUUGUGGGGAGCCUAGCAUGCCUGGCCAUAUGGCACCAGGUGCUGGUCCCCAGGGAGGUCUCAAACCUGGCCACUGGGAAGGAGUUCCUGAUGGGUGCCAUCCUAACACUGGCCAAUGCCGCAUCGGUAGAUGGAUUCAUGCAAAGGGUGAACUGCACCUGCCUACAGCUCUGUUCCUGAGGCCUCGCUACACAGCAGCUGUGCUCACACGGUGGGCCGGCGGGAAGAGCAAGUCUUCAGCCACUCUCGGCCACCCCCGACCCCAGCACACUCCAUAGAGGGCCCCCCACCCACACUGAGGAUCAGGCUGCUGCCUCCAGCCUGGGCCAGGCACACCUGCUCUCUAACAUAGGAUAUGAGUAUUCCACAGGGUGGGGGGAGGGCUCACAGGCAGAGCCGGGCCUCAGGAUCCCCACGACUGCAUUCUUUCCCUCUCUGUGGCAUUCUUACACCAACCAACACCCCCCCCAUAGUAGGAAGUCAUUUCAACACGGCCCAACUUGCCACGUGGCAGAGCUGCGCUUCAGCUCUGCCUCUCCUUGGGCAUGGGUUUGGGGCAACCACAGGCUGGCUCCUGGAGAACUCUUAUUUUCCUUGCAUUAACUUCUGUGGUCCUCUCUCCACGUGGCUUGAGAAAGUUUCUCUUUGACUGCUCCUUGUUCCAACAUCUCUCAUGAGAAGGGCUGGGGAGUCCAUUUCCUGGCCCCACAGCUCCUUCGCCCUGGGGGUUCCAUCAAGGUUCUGUGGCAGCUGGUAAGGCCACUAGAGCUGCUGGGAAGGGGGCCUGCAGAGGGAGCAAGCUACUCAGAAACACACAUUAAGGAUGGGUGGGCAAUGCUUUUUUUAAAAAAAUUAAUUUAUUUAUUUU